CUCACUGUAAACUUCCUUAACAAUCACUCUUCCUCUUUAAUGUGUGUAUGUGUAUUGUAUAUAUCUCCCCAUUGCUUUCCUCCACUAAGAGUUUCCUUUUCACAAAUUAGAUCAGAGCAGAGCACCAAUGGCGGCCAAACGCUUCUUCCAUGACGACGACGACGACGAUCAAUCCAACCAUAAACGACCGAAAACCAGAUUCGCUUCUGUGAUCAGAGAAGUGGUUAUGGUGAAUUUCUUCGAGAAUUUCUGCUCCGCCUUGGAACCUAUGCUUCGGAGAGUGGUUAGUGAAGAGGUGGAAAAUGAGCUGAGGCGGCGGAGAACCGCCACCGGUAACUGUCCGAUUUCGAGGAUGCUACCAGACUCUGCGGCGGAGCUCUGCUCCACCACGACGGCGAUGGCGACGGCGAGUCUGCGGUUGGCGUUCACGCAACGCCUCUCGCUCCCGAUCUUCACGGGGACGAAGAUCGUCGGCGCCGACGGGAACUCUCUGCAGAUGGUCCUUGUGGACGCGCAAGCCAAUAAGAUUCCCCAUGCCGUCAAGGUGGAGAUCGUGGUGCUCGACGGCGACUUCCCCAAGGACGACGCGCCGUGGACGGACGCCGACUUCGAUAAAAGCAUCGUCAAGGAGCGGACCGGCAAGCGCCCGCUCCUCGCCGGCGACCUCUGCAUCACCAUGAGAGACGGCGUCGCCUCCGUCGCCGGCGACAUCGAAUUCACAGACAAUUCGAGCUGGAUCCGCAGCCGCAAGUUCAGGAUCGGCGCCCGAGCGCUACCUUCCACCUCCACUAGUACAGAGGGUGGUGCUGGUGGUGGUGUGAUCAUACAUUCCGCCAUCACUGAACCUUUCGUCGUCAAAGACCACCGCGGCGAGCUGUACAAGAAGCACCAUCCGCCGGCGCUGGAGGACCAAGUAUGGCGGCUGGAGAAGAUCGGGAAAGGCGGCGCGUUCCACCAGAAGCUCGCGGCGGAGGGGAUAUCAACAGUCCAGGACUUCCUCAAGCUCUUCCAUGUCAACCCCAAUAAACUCAGGAAGAUUCUGGGCGGCGGGAUGUCGGAGAAGAUGUGGGAAGCAACACUGAAGCACGCCAAGGAGUGCGUGGUGGGGAACAAACUGUACAAACUGCACGCCGGCGACUGCACGCUCACCUUCAGUCCCGUCUGCCAGCUCAUCGGAUUCGAGUCCAACGGUCAAGUGCUUCACCACCACACCCAUUUCAGAACCACCAUGCAAACGGCAUAUAUAGAAAGCUUGGUGAAAGAUGCGUAUGCAAAAUGGGAUAGACUGGAGAUAGUAGAAGGACCGCUGCACCAAACCCAGCCACUACUGCUAACCCAAGGUGAAGUGACGGUGGAACAAUAUUCGAAGGAGGAAUAUUUGAAGGAAAGUGAAGCAAAUUACUCAGAUGAAUCAAUCAUCUAUGGGGAUUGGAAUAUUCCACAUUAAUUAAUUAAUUAAUUAAUUAAUUCCCGUUCUCAAUCACCACGCGAGUGUGUAUAUAUAUAUAUAUAUAUAUAUAUUAUUUGAUUUAGUUGUCUGUUCUGGUUUCAUCAUUUACAUUGUUUGUUUCUUUCUGUAUGUAUUGUGUAGAAGUAGAAGUAAAAAGAAAAUAAAAUUAGUUGUACAU